CUCUUAGCAAAGAUCAGCAGAUUAAGCAACUGGAGCUCGAACUAGACCAGGAACGAAGAAUGGCAGAGAGCUUGAUAGAAGACAUGCCUCCUGAUCAGAAAGCAAAGUAUGCCAAGUUGAAGAAUGUCAACAAUUCACUACAGUUGGAGCUUGAGCAGAAACAGCAGGAGUUAGAUGCUCUGACUACUCGCAUCCAGAACCUUGAAGAUGAAGUGUCCAGCUCCCCAGUCAAACAGGAACCUGCUGGGAGAGAAGAAACAAAGCUUGAUCGAUGAGAUGGAGAAGGAGAACAGAGGAACUCCUGCAGAAGAAAGAGAAAGACUUCUGAAACAGGUAAAGGAGGAUAAUCAAGAGAUUGCAAGAAUGGAGCGCAAGACUGCUGAGCUUCGGGAGAAGAUUGAAACGGUCAAUGGCGAAAUUCAACAGCUAGACAUGGAUCUUGAAGAACAUCAAGGUGAACAAAACGUCAAGUACAAGGAAUUGAAGAAGCGAGAAGAAACAAUGGAUGGUACGUCCUGCAGAGAUUGUUAA